AUUAAAUUAAAAGAAUUUUAAUUUUGACAUCGUCAAAGUGAAACAAUAAUAGGUAAAUCAUUAAUCAUCAAUUCUAUAUUUAAUUAAAUAAAGUAUCCAUCUAGAUAAUGGUAGUAACAGAGGAUGUGACUCUCCCAGACUUCGAAGAUUUGGAAACAGAUGAAGUGAAGUUGUCAACCGGAGUUCUUCUAACGGCAUCAGCUUUCAUCGGGAAGCAAUGCGAGGGUGUCAACAAUGAGUUUGUACUCUGUCGCCAGGAGUAUAACGACCCGCGAGCAUGUCUGGAGGUCGGCAAACAAGUGACUGCAUGUGCUAAGGAAGUGCUCAAACGAAUUCGGAAAGAGUGCUGCCAAGAGUUCAACCAGUAUGCUAACUGCGUGGACAAAAGCUCCAGAAACUACACGUUCAGGCAUUGUCGUAGAACACAGGCUGUAUUCGAUAAUUGCAUGAGGUCGAGGCUAUGUUUGUUAAGGAACGAUUUUGGGUACUUCUGCCGUGGUCGUAUACACAAGAGUACUUCGGAUCCGCCUGAGCCACCCCCCUGUCCAUGUCACCCGAAAGUGGAUGACGCGACUCCAUCGUUGCCCGACUGCAAGCCUCGGAAGCCGGCGCGGUUUGGCGGCCGGCUAUAUUGGUCUGGCGACUGAACGCCUUCUACCAGUCUUUUUAAUAUUUUCAUUUAGUUUUAUUAUGAUUACAUGUCGGUUGGCAUAGUAUUUUUGUCGUUGUUGAUUACAAUUAUGUAAUAAAAGAUCUUGUCUUUUUAACUGACCUAGCUAAUCGAACAAGUGUCUUGCGCUUUGGUUGGUACUACAGCUACAGAUUUAGAUAACUGUAGGUGUCUAUAAGCCUAUAUACAGCAAUGUUUAUAAUGAAAUAAUAAUAUAUAACUGUCGUGAGUUUAUUUUA